UUUUUCAGUGAGCCGAGGUUUUGUGAGACGAGGUUAUCUGCCUGGGUCUGUUUACACUACUGCAGCUGAUUGAUUGGAAGCGGAGCGUAUAGAGGCGUUGGUUCUGGAGUUCAGUUGAAAGUGAAUCCAAUUGGGGAGAGGAUGCUGGAUGUAGUGGCUCUGCUGCUGAUUGCCCUAGCAGUGGGCUUCUGGUUCGUGCGGACGCGAUAUAGCUACUGGAGCCGGCGGGGCAUUGGCAAUGUUCCGGCCCGGUUUCCCGUGGGCAAUAUGGAGGGGUUCCGGACAACAAAACAUUUCAUCGACAUAGUAACCCCAAUCUAUGAGAAGUUCAAGGGGAAUGGAGCACCCUUUGCGGGUUUCUAUAUGAUGCUGAGGCCUGUGGUCUUAGUCACGGAUCUGGACCUGGCCAAGCAGAUUCUCAUACAGGACUUCGCCAACUUUGAGGAUCGCGGAAUGUAUCACAAUGCGCGGGAUGAUCCUCUGACUGGCCAUCUAUUCCGCAUCGAUGGGCCCAAGUGGCGACCCUUGCGCCAGAAAAUGUCGCCCACCUUCACCUCAGCCAAGAUGAAGUACAUGUUUCCGACGGUCUGCGAGGUGGGCAUGGAACUUACUCAAGUCUGUGGCGAGUUGGCGGAUAAUGCCAUGUGCGGAAUCCUCGAGAUCGGUGAUCUGAUGGCUCGAUACACUUCUGAUGUCAUUGGACGUUGUGCCUUUGGCGUGGAGUGCAAUGGUCUACGAAAUCCCGAGGCGGAGUUCGCCAUAAUGGGCAGGAGAGCCUUCGCAGAGCGUCGCCACUGCAAGCUGAUCGAUGGAUUAAUAGAGAGUUUUCCCGACUUGGCCAGGUUUCUGCGCAUGCGGCAAAUCCAUCAGGACAUUACGGAUUUCUAUGUGGGCAUCGUCCGGGAAACUGUGAAGCAGCGCGAGGAGCAGGGCAUUGUGAGGGGCGACUUUAUGAACCUGCUGAUCGAAAUGAAGCAACGCGGUGAGCUCACCAUCGAGGAAAUGGCCGCCCAGGCUUUCAUAUUCUUUGUGGCUGGUUUCGACACCUCCGCAUCGACUUUAGGAUUCGCCCUGUAUGAGUUGGCCAAGCAGCCGGCACUGCAGGAAAAGCUACGCGAGGAAAUCGACCAGGCUCUGAAACUGCAUCAGGGCGAAUUCACAUAUGAUUCCAUGCAGGAGCUGCGGUACAUGGAACUGGUCAUAGCAGAAACCCUGCGGAAAUAUCCCAUACUACCGCAGCUCACUCGGAUCUCCAGGCAUCUGUAUGCAGCCAAGGGCGAUCGGCAUUUCUACAUCGAGCCCGGUCAGAUGCUACUGAUUCCGGUCUAUGGCAUCCAUCAUGAUCCCGCCCUGUACCCGGAGCCCCACAAGUUCAUCCCGGAGCGCUUUCUGGCCGACCAGCUGUCCCAGCGACCCACCGCCGCUUGGCUGCCCUUCGGCGAUGGACCGCGAAACUGCAUUGGCAUGAGAUUUGGCAAAAUGCAGACGACCAUUGGCCUGGUCAGUUUGCUCAGAAACUUUCACUUCACCGUCUGUCCGCGAACUGACCCUAAAAUUGAGUUUCUCAAGUCCAACAUUCUGCUGUGCCCAGCCAACGGAAUUUACUUAAAAGUCCAACAGCUCAGCCAACUGAGCAGAUAGUGCUGCUUAUCAUAGCGCUGCCUGGAUUGUAUUAUAAUCUACAUUUUAUAUUGCUGUUAUACAAAUGCACAAUCAUAUGUUUUUAUCAAUCAACGUAGUAGUACAGGAAAACUGCUGUAUAUCUAAUCAGGCUUCUUGAGCUUAAUUUGUUUGAUUAAACAUUUGAGUCGUCUCAUAAGCUGGGCAUUUCACCAGUACCAGGGACUUUAAAUAAUAAAACGUCUUUUUUGAAAUUCA